CGUACAGUUUCUCCGGGAGAAGAAUUUCCAACAGAAAAUACCACAAGUGAAGAUAGAGGAUGGAGAAGAAAUCAGCCAUGAAAAGGCCACGGCGGCGUUGAGAAGGGCAGUCCACUUCUUUUCAGCCUUGCAGGCCAGCGAUGGCCACUGGCCAGCUGAAAAUGCCGGCCCCUUGUUCUUCCUUCCGCCUCUUGUCAUGUGUUUAUACAUAACCGGCCACCUUAAUACAGUUUUCCCAGCAGAGCAUCGUAGAGAAAUUCUUCGUUAUAUCUACUGUCACCAGAAUGAAGAUGGUGGGUGGGGAUUACACAUUGAAGGACACAGCACUAUGUUCUGUACAGCUCUAAGCUACAUUUGUAUGCGCAUUCUUGGAGAAGGAGCAGAUGGUGGUGAGAACAAUGCCUGUGCUCGAGCAAGGAAAUGGAUUCUUGACCAUGGUACUGUCAAGGCAAUUCCUUCCUGGGGAAAGACGUGGCUAUCGAUACUUGGACUAUUUGACUGGUCAGGGUGUAAUCCUAUGCCUCCUGAAUUUUGGAUCCUUCCAUCUUUUCUUCCUAUGCAUCCAGCAAAAAUGUGGUGUUACUGUCGAAUGGUUUAUAUGCCCAUGUCUUAUUUGUAUGGCAAGAAAUUUGUUGGUCCAAUCACACCUCUUAUUUUACAACUCAGAGAGGAGCUGUAUGAUGAACCAUAUGAUGGAAUUAACUGGAGGAAGGCGCGACAUGUGUGUGCAAAGGAGGAUCUCUACUAUCCUCAUCCCCUCAUACAAGACUUGAUGUGGGAUAGCUGUUAUAUUCUGACAGAGCCUCUAUUGACUCGUUGGCCUUUCAACAAGUUGAGACAAAAAGCUCUUGAAGUUACCAUGAAGCACAUACAUUAUGAAGAUGAGAACAGUCGAUACAUCACCAUCGGCUGUGUGGAAAAGGUCUUAUGUAUGUUUGCUUGUUGGGUUGAGGACCCCAAUGGUGAUUAUUUUAAAAAGCAUCUUGCUAGAAUUCCUGAUUAUAUAUGGAUUGCUGAAGAUGGAAUGAAGAUGCAGAGCUUUGGUAGUCAGCAAUGGGAUACCGGUUUUGCCAUUCAAGCACUAUUAGCCAGUGACUUGACUGAUGCGAUAAAAGAUACUCUUAGAAGAGGACAUGACUUCAUAAAAAACUCUCAGGUCAAGGACAAUCCUUCUGGUGACUUUAAGGGCAUGUAUCGGCACAUUUCUAAAGGAUCAUGGACUUUUUCGGAUCAAGAUCAUGGAUGGCAGGUUUCUGAUUGCACUGCUGAAGGAUUAAAGUGUUGUCUUAUUUUGUCAAUGAUGCCUCCUGAAAUUGUUGGUGAGCAAUUGGAACCGGGACGACUAUACGAUGCAGUUAAUGUAUUGCUUUCCUUACAGAGCAAAAAUGGUGGUUUGGCAGCAUGGGAACCUGCAGGUUCCUCGGAAUGGCUAGAGAUGCUCAACCCUACAGAAUUCUUUGCAGACAUUGUUAUUGAGCAUGAGUAUGUUGAGUGCACUGCUUCAGCAAUUCAAGCUUUUGUGCUCUUUAAGAAGCUGUACCCUGGACACAGAACAAAAGAGAUAGAUAAUUUCAUCACUAGUGCUGCAAAAUACCUUGAAAAUGUCCAAAUGCCUGAUGGUUCAUGGUACGGUAAUUGGGGCGUGUGCUUCACGUAUGGCUCUUGGUUUGCUCUGGGAGGCCUAGCAGCAUUAGGCAAGACUUAUAACAAUUGUGCAGCUGUGCGUAAAGGUGUUGAGUUCUUGCUAACCACACAAAGGGAUGACGGUGGUUGGGGAGAAAGUUAUCGUUCCUGUCCAGACAAGGUGUAUAGACAACUUGAAGCAAAUCGCUCAAAUUUGGUUCAAACUGCAUGGGCUCUGAUGGGACUAAUUCAUUCUGGCCAGGCUGGUAGAGAUACAAGGCCCCUCCACCUUGCAGCAAAACUCAUAAUAAAUUCUCAGAUGGAAAAUGGUGACUUCCCCCAACAGGAAAUUACGGGAGUUUUCAUGAAGAAUUGCAUGUUACAUUACUCGGCAUACAGAAACAUAUAUCCAUUGUGGGGUUUGGCAGAGUAUCGAAAGAGGGUGUUGUUGUCAUCUAAGAAGAUCUAAGACCAUGUUGGAUUCAACCUUCUUUGGCAGUUAAUUAAAGUGAAAAGGGAGAAUCUUUAUAGAGUUUAUUCUAGUUUUAGCAUUAUGAGAGUGGAUAAGUUUAUUUGUUUCUUAGCUUAUAAUGGAUGUAAAAUGUUGUCUAAUUACAAUGAAAAAGGUUGAAGAUAUGAUAAAUGUGCGUCUAUACAAUAUAGUUUAGUCAUUACUUGCAUUUCAACAGGUAAACACUACAUGCUCGGCACAAAAGAGAGCAUUUUAGCAAUUGAUUUUAUAACCUCGAAAAGGAUAAAAAUAUAUUUAUACUAGUCUAAAUUUAUAGACUUUUGUGUGUGAGAUAAAAACUUAUCCAGAAAAUUUGAAUCCAUCUUAACC